UCUCCUUGCUUCUCUUCACUUGUAUUAACUCCCUCACAUCUCCAUUCUUCUCCCUUUGCUUCAUAUCUCUUUGCAAAUCCUUUAAUGGCAGAUAAAACCCUCUUCAACCCUUGAUUGGUUCAUUCACUGAAUCUUCAAUCUAUUUCGAUUGUUUUCUGAUCUGAUUUCUCACUACUUCAUCUUUAGAUCGAACCCUUCAAUCUUUGACUCUUAAAACAUCUUAUUACAAACCUUUUUCAUUUCUUCACUUGAAAAAUCUGCUUCGUAGCAAAACCCAUCGUCUUGUUCAUGGGUUUUCGUUGGUUCCUGUGAUUAAAUCGAUCAAGUAAAUCGGUAGUUCAGAAAUGGGUGUUUGUUUAAAGAUUCAAAUGGUGGUUGUGUCUUAUCAGUUCAGCUUCAUUUGAUUUCACAAGAAGAUUGUUCGAAGUUGUCAUCAUUUUAAGCAUUUGUAGAAUGGGUAGAGGUAGGGGAAAAGCGAAGAAAAGUUCAGUCAUCGCUCAUCAUGAAGAUGGAAGUGGGGAAGAAGAAAAGUUGCCGGUUAAGCGAAGAGGAAGACCCACAAAAGCACACAAAGAAGAAGAAGAAGAAGAAGCCGAAAAGACCGAUGAAAACAAAGACACUAAACUCGAAGCUGCAUUAGAGAACGGAAAAAAGAGAAAGAAACCAUCUUUACAGACCGAGGAGAACCCGGAAACCGUAAAAGAUGAAAACAACAUCGAACCCAAAGCCAACGGCCACGACUUGACCAAAGCCGUGGGGUUUAGACACAAUGGCAGCAGGCGGAAAAACAAGCCACGAAGGGCGGCGGAAGUCGGGGUGAGCGCGUGCGAGGUCUGCAGCUGGUUGGUGCUGAGAAGCUGAGAAAAUUCGGUUUCGGUUCUGGUUUUUCGGUUUUCGGUUUUCGGUUUGGAUGAUGAUGAAAUCAUAAAGGGUUCUUUUUUUAUGGUAUUUCUGAACUUCAUUGUAAUGCUUAGAUAUGUGAUCUUGCUACAGACUUUUUGAUUUAUAUUGAGAAUUUUUGCACAAGGUUUAUAAUAUCAAAUCAAGUUUUGAUGAAA